CUUGGUCCUAGCAGUAGUGAGUGUAACAUACAGCAUUUGUUGAUUGUGGACGGGCUUACAUGCACCUCAACAAUUGAGUGACUUUCGUUGCCGUGGUGGGGCUCACCAUGCAAGUGUUGUCAAUUGCGUGAUGGGUGUUGGAGGCGCACCAUCUUGGAGCUGCUGUGGAAAAGGUUCCUUGCCUAUUGGAGUAAAAUUAAUUUUUAUUGUAUAUAUAAUUUUCCUACUUUGGAUACUGACUUGGCAAUUGUAGUGACUUUAAGAAAUUAAAACUCUCAAAAUAUGUCAAAGUUCGGAAAGAGUAGCUUGCAGCCACUGGAACACAAGUUCCUCGUCUCUCAAGAUCAACAUUGUCUGGGUAUGACAACCAAGAAUGAGAGUCUCCGUAGCGACACUUUUCACGAUGGCAUUCAAAGUUCUUCUCAGAGUUCAGUCUCCAACUCGGCCACUGAUGGAAGGAUCGAACAAACACUGCUUGCUUCGUCUGCUGCCCGCCGGCCUGCACGCACUAAGGACACUACUUCAUGCAUUCACAAAAGACCAAGGCUAGAAAUUUCGAAUGGUAACGACGAAGGAAGGAGUAUGGAAGGUAAAGAAGUAAAGGUGCAAAUGUCCCUCACGCGCAUGCCUGUGGAUGAUAACACGAAGCUCUAUUCGAAGCCACCCAUGGAAAACCCCGAGGAUGAAAGGAGGAGGAGAAAUGCAAUUAUUGCCUGGAAGAACCGCGUCUGGAAGAAAAGACAAUAUGAGGAACUGCAGAUAAUGGUGAACACUCUGGAGGAGACCAAAAAGAAACUCAAUGACGCUAACCAUCGAAUGGAGGAGGACCUCAGGGCACAGCGCCAGAAACUGGAUCUGGAAAACAGCAUUGUGACACAGCUAAAGGCAGACAAGAGUUCCUUGGAGACUUUGAUCCAGAAUCAGCAGGAAAACCUUGCUUUCAUCCGGGAACACUUGAUGCUCAUCAACAGGUGCAGCGAAGAGGACAGCCCGGUUCGAAAGUUCCUCACAGCAUUACUGAACACAAUGAAUUCCUCCUCACCAAUAUCCUUCACCCCCACACUACUCCCUGUUGCCUCGCUAUCCCAUCACUCCUCAGACAUACCAACAGUCCCUCCACCCACCACAUCCCCUCCCUGCUCAACCUACCCUCGUCUCACCACGUCAUCCCUCCACGUCAGUAUGCUGCCUAAGGAAGCUUCCCUGAUGCCGUCCCUAGUUCCUAUUCCUAAAUCAACUGUUGCCUCACAACAUUUCCCGCGAAACCGUGUCGGUUCUCCACCACAUGAAGUCUAAUAGAAUGUAUAAGGUGUGUGUGUGUGUGUGUGUGUGUGUGUGUGUGUGUGUGUGUGUGUGUAUAUAUAUAUAUAUAUAUAUAUAUAUAUAUAUAUAUAUAUAUAUAUAUAUAUAUAUAUAUAUAUAUAUAUAUAUAUGUAUAAGAUGGGGUAAGACGGACCACUUAACAAAGUAUUGAAUCUAGAAACAACAUUUAUAUGAUUUUUAGGGCCUUUGUGGGUUUGUGGUGGUGCUUUGGGAUGUUAUCUUCGAAGUCCACACCCGGAUCACGGUUUUUAAAGGAAAAAAAAAUGAAGCACAAGAAUUUACAAAAUAAUGAUUUUUACUGUGCCAAAAGUAAAAGGAUGAGGUAAGACAGACCCCCAGUGGUCCAUCUUACUCCCCCAAACUGAAUAUAAAGAAACAAAUCCUUAUUGGUAUUAAGCUCUGAUAAAAAAACAAACAAACAAACUCUUCUUCGUCAUCAUCAUAUCCUUUCACAUUGCCCAUGAGCCAAAUUUAUAGGUACAAAUCAAACGAAAAAAAAAAAAAAAUAAAAAAAAAAAUAAAAACUCCCAAACUCUCAUCUAUUCCUGCACAACUUAAUGACAUAAAUUACACACAAAAACCUCUUCCUCAGCAUCAUCACCAUCUAUCCCUGCACACUGCUCAUGAGCCCAGCUUUUGCAAUCAGCACAACAAACCCACCCUUCCCCUCUCAUGGGGUCCAUCUUACCCCAUUAGUAAAUAUUCAAAUGUCGAAAUGUUUACCAAAGUAUCUAUGUUUACUAUGCCAAUUCAUGGCAUCUAUAUAUCAUGUAUACACUCAUGGGAAUGUAUAACAUAAGUACUAAAUCAUUAUGAUAAUUAUUUCAAUAUUAAACAAGCAGUGUCUUACCUUGUGAGUAUAACAUCAGCACUGAAUAAAAUGACUUUUUUUUUUUUUCCUGUGAAGCGCAAGGAAAAUUUAGCGUGCCUACUGGUAGUGAUGAUGUCAUUGUUGGGCGACGUGAUGGACAUCUAGGAGUCAAAUUUUGAAACCUGCUCUUUAUGCUUGGAUUUAGAAGGGGGGUUCCGUCUUACCCUAUGGGUCCGUCUUACCCCACCUUCCCCUAUAUAUAUAUAUAUAUAUAUAUAUAUAUAUAUAUAUAUAUAUAUAUAUAUAUAUAUAUAUAUAUAUAUAUAUAUUAGGGAUCGAAUUAUCGGCCGGGCCGAUUAUCGCGCAGAUAUUGAGCAUUUUGACGCAUUCCGGCAUCGGGCUUUUUUUUUUUUUUUUAUUCAACGGCCUAUAAGAGAUAAAUUUAAAACUUGGUCAUUUUGGCUCUGAUGCAGCUGUACCUCUCUGUCUUUUGUCACUACUCUGUCUCCAACAUUGUCCCACCCACAGCACCAUCUGAUUGGUUAAAAGCAGAGCCACAGUAACAGCCAAUCAGCAGUGAAAACUGUGCAUGCGCAGUGAUUCUGAUCUUACACAUGUAAAACUGGCCUUACAUAACAAACACAACACUAAUUACAAAUAAAUCACCCACACCACACCGUGACACCACACCAUACAUACAUAGCCACAUCGCACAAUACAUCACACAGCCAUACAACUUGUGUGUAUCACAUCCACUCACGCCAGACAGUACAUCAAACCACACACCACUCCCAGCUACACCACAUAUCAGAACCAUCACAUCUACGUAGUCACAUCACCACCUACUUCUCACCUUUCACACAAUACCACACAGCACCCAACCACACCACACCACACAUAGACUGAAAGCCAUAUAAUGCCACUCAUCACAUCAUUCACACAGCAUCACAUCCAUACCACACCCAGUCGCUCAAUAAUAAAAAAGACAUAGACAUACCGUGCAUCCACCAAAAACAGACAUGACGAUGCUCAUCACAUCAGAUAAAAAAACUCGUAUUACUCCAAGCCAAUGGAUAUAACCACAUCACGUUACUCGUCAUACCCAGGAAAAGAAUCACACUACUAUAACUUAGUUUAAACAGCAGAGUUAUCAAAACGUAUAUCAAGUAACCGAUUGAUCUACUGUUUAUGUUUAGGCGGCUCAUGCGUUCAGAUGUUAGAACUAGCAUAUUCGUUUCCUUCAAAUGAAUUUGUAAUAUUGUCAUUAUCAGUUAAAUAAGAAGAACAUGUUAUUACUAUUUCUCGUGCACAUUACCAGUAUAGUAGUUUCCUUACUAUACUAGUUGUAAUAUCGAGUUGAAAAUCAUUCGAGGAGCAAUAACCAAGACCGUUCUGUUGAGAAUAAAUCUGACAUCCGCCAUCCUCACUGCAUAUCGCGCAUGCAAUGACUCGUCAUCGUAGACGAGUUUGUCACAACAAUUUCCAUUUCAGAGCAUGCGAGGCCAAUGGUAUCUCGGGAACUUCAAAGGUGGCAGGUCCCUCAAGAAAUGUUUUGCUUCGCAAUGAGACUAUCUUGAACGUAUAAAUCAUGCAUUUUUUCCUCCCCCUCUAAACUUGUUUGGCUCGUCCAUGCUUGAUAAUAAAAGGCAAAGAAGUGAAGGGUCGUCUGUGUGUUGGAGCCAUGUCUUUUUUUUUUAUUUUACCAUCCUUUACUGCAAUCAGAUCGAGUGAACACAAUUCCUGAAAGCACGGAUUGUGAAGCUUCAUGGAGUGUCUCAGAGACCAACUGGCGAGGGCAUGCUUAUCUUCACACACGCACGGACAGUUUUACGAUACUAUUACAAGAAUUCCUGUAACUUAUCACUAAGUAAAAAUGUUUGUUCCACAUGUAAUUUAGAAUAAAAUUUCAAACCCUC